AGGUUUUUGCAGAAGAGAACUGCUUCAGGAAAGAUCUGACUGAUAGUCUGAACAUUUUAAACUGCGUUAACUUCCUCUUCAUGCACUCUGGCUGUUUGACUGCACCACACGGUAUUAAGCCUGAAGAUCCACAACUUCAAUGCAAUUUUCAUAAGUAGUCACAUGAAGGUUUCAUGCGCAAGAUUACAAUGUCUUAGUGAUGCGGCUGUCUGUCAAACGGAUAGUUGUACUCCUGCUAGCCCUGUUUGGAGUGUGUACUUUUACUAGGAAACUAUAUCAAGUACUAACAUGCUAUAGAGCACUUCCUAGAACACGUCUGGUGUCUGUACUGGUUCGGAACUGGAACCAGACUCAGUUUCAUUAUAACCAGAAUACCCCAGUAGUGUUUGUGGGUGGGGUUCCUCGAUCGGGGACCACCCUGAUGCGUGCCAUGCUUGAUGCCCACCCUGACAUCCGCUGCGGUGAGGAGACAAGGGUGAUCCCCAGGCUGCUGUCCCUGCGUCAGAGAUUGGGGAGGCAGACUGAGGAGCGCAGGGCUCUGGAAGAAGAGGGAGUCAGUCAGGAGAUGCUGGACUCUGCCACAACAGCUUUCUUACUGGAGAUUAUCGCACGUCAUGGGGAACCUGCUCGAUUGCUGUGCAAUAAGGACCCCUUUACACUGAAGAGCACCAACUAUCUGUCACACAUUUUUCCCAACUCAAAAUUUCUGCUUAUGCUGAGAGACGGUCGAGCGUCAGUGCAUUCCAUGAUCUCCAGACGCGUGUCUAUCGGUGGCUUCAACCUGUCCAGCUACAGGGACUGUCUGACAAAAUGGAGCAAUGCAAUAGAAGUAAUGCUCUCCCAGUGUAUGAUGGUAGGCCAUCAUCGCUGCAUGACAGUGCGCUAUGAGGAUCUGGUGCUGCAGCCACGAGCUACCAUGAAAAGUGUGCUGCGAUUCCUGAAUACACCGUGGCAUGAAGCGGUGCUUCACCAUGAGGAGACCAUCGGGCAACUAGGAGGGGUAUCCCUGUCUCGGACUGAACGUUCUACUGAUCAGGUGAUCAAACCAGUAAAUCUGGAGGCUCUCACUCGUUGGGUGGGCCACAUCCCGGCAGAUGUCCAAGAGGACAUGGAGAACAUCGCUCCAAUGCUCCGCAGACUGGGCUAUAACCCCAAUGCCAAUCCUCCAGACUAUGGUCAACCAGAUCCUGAAGUGAUAAACAAUACAAAAAGGGUAUUGAAAGGAGAUUUCAAAACUCCUUCAAGCUUGAAAAGAUGGGUACAAAUCUCUCAAAAGAUUCCCAGGAGGUAGCAACUGAACAGAUUUCUGCAUUGAUUGUAAUCUUGGUGUGUCCAGUUCAGUUUUGGAUUAGUUUGGAAAACAUGGAGUCAAUGGUUUAUGUUCCUACAUUCUAAUGCAAUGGAAUGCUGUCAAAACGACAACUGGAUAUUUCUGGAAAGACGUUAAACUCUGGACAAAGAUCUAUUACCAUGCCUUUCUGUUGUCAUAUUUACUUGAUGGAUAAUCUGAUGCAUUUUGCCUCAGAUUUCAGUGAGCCACUAUUUUCCUCCUGUACUCAGAUGAUAAAUUGUUUGUUUUUCUGCACGAAGGACCUAAUAAAUAUUUAACGACACUGAACUUCCA